AUGAGUAAUAAUAGCCCAGAUAAAAUAUAGAACUCUUAAUAAGGCGUAAACGAUGACAGAAUGGAAUUUAGACAUGGAUAAUUUGAUUAAAAUAACAAUCAUCAUUCUGAGGACCAAUGUACCUAGUAGUCUCAUUAUUAAGAUGAAACUUCAAUGAGCAAUCAUCAAGAAGAAAACCAAGUUAGCCAAUAAAAAUAUUAAUAGAAUUCUCCUAAUCAAAAAUCAGAACAUUCUAUGACACUUCCUUCUUUAGAUACUCCUCUUCUUUAAUUUACGAAUCAGUAAGCACAAGGAAAAUCUUUACUAUUUCAUGAGUCAGAUGAUCCAUUUCAUUCUGAAAACCAUACUCCAAUUGCCAUCCAUUAAAAUCAACAUCAAAAAUCACAUCACUUAAUUGAUAAAAAAAGGACAGUAUUAAAUUUCGUGAAAUCAAGAGGAGAAUUGCUGGAAUAUGAAAGUGAAUAUUAUGAAAAUUUGAGAUAAAAAAUUAUUAGAAAGCGCAGGACAAAGAUAAUUGCAACUAUUAAUUAAAAUAAUUAUAAGACAUAUGAUUAAGUUAGAGAUCUUUAUUUAGCAGGUGUCAAUUCAUUUUUAAUUAAUAUGGCUUACUGCGAAAGAUAGUUUUUAGCGCAAUUAUGUUAAUGGAGAGAUUAAUUAGAAAAAGAAUAUAAUGUUCACAUUCCACUCACUUGUGUUUUAAAAGGAAGUUUAGUUCGGAUAGGCUAACUAUCAUAACCUGAAACUUAUUUAAGAAAGGGACAAUAAUUUAGAAUAAUUAUUAAGAAGAAGAUAGUUGGUGAUUCUAAUAUCUGUUCUGUAGACGAUGAUAAUUUGAUUAAAAGAAUAGGUGUAGGUGCUAAAAUUAUCAUUGACUAUGGUCAAGUAGGAUUAACAGUUAUAAAAAAAGAAAAGAGUGAUGAAACACUUAAAUAUUUAUAAGAAAACUUUGGAUAUGGACAUUAAUUUACCCGCCCAAUGACUGAAAAGUAAAAACGCACAGAUAAUUUUGUCAACACAUCUUCUGCCUCAGACGCUGACAGUUCUUCUAAGAAGAGAAUGUCUGAAUCACUGAUAAAAUAAGUUAAUUAGAAGAGUAUUCCAAGGCAAUCUGUUUAAGUUUUACCAUAUUCAACAAAUAUAAUUUAAACAAAUGAAUAUGAACAAUCUGCUGAUAAUAGCGUAAUCUCAUCAAAUACUACAACACCUUCAACUAGGAAUGUAUUUGCAGAUUAAUUAAAACAACUUAAAAAGAAUACAAACUAAAAACUAUAUGAUGUGAUAGUUUGCACUGUUGAUAGUGAUUGCAUGUUGAAAUCUUACAAACCUAUUUUCAUUUAUAAAAGUAGAGACGAAAAAGAAACAUUAUUUUACACUAAGUAAAGUAAGUAGAGUAAAUAAUUAAAUAAAAACCAUUAAUUUACAGAUGAAAAAGAUUCUAAUGGUGAAGAAUAAGAUUUUGAUGAUGAGGAAUAUGAUGAAUUCAGUGAAAAUGUCAUAAGUGCAAAAGAUAUCACUGAUAUUACAAAUGCUCUUAAUCAUGACAUUGAUAGUGUAUGUGUAUCAAAUGUAAGAACAGCAGAAGAUAUCAGAGUUGUCAAAAGGCAUUGUCAGUCAAAAUAGACAAAAAUUAUUGCUAAAAUUUAAACUUUAGAAGGUGUAUAAAAUUAUGAUGAAAUUUUAAAGGUUUCUGAUGCUGUAUUGAUAGCUAGAGGGUAUUUAACAGUUCACAUACCUGUUGAAAAGCUUCACUUUAAAUAGAAAGAACUUAUUUAAAAAUCAAAUGAAAGCUUAAAGCCUGUUUUAGUGUCAUGUAACAUAUUAGAUUCCAUGGUUUCUUCAUUGCUUCCUACUACUUGUGAAGUAGGAGAAAUAUCUAAUCUUGUAUCAGACUAUGUAGAUGCUAUUAUUUUAAGCGGCGAAACAAGCUAUGGAAUGUAUCCUAUUCAAGCUGUUGAAACUCUUUCUCGUAUUUGUAUGGAGACAGAAGCAAGAUAAAUUUUAAAAAAUUUAAAUGACACGACUCGUCCAAUUUAAAUAUAGUGGUCAAAACAAUCUGUAAUAAAUUCAAUAGUUAAAUGCACUCUUGAUGCUGCCUAUAAUAUAUAAGCAAAUCUUAUUAUUGUAUUUACAAGUACUGGAAGCACUGCUCUCAAAGUUUCAAAAUUAAGACCUCCAUGUCCUAUAAUAGCUGUCACAUCGAACCAUAAAGUUGCAAGACAUAUAAAUUAUUUAUCAUCAGUUACUGGUAAGGUAUUCUUUACCCUUGUAGGAACUAAUGUACUUACAGAAAAGGUGUUAGAAUACGCUAAAGAUUAAAAGUAUGUUAAAUCAGGUGAUUAUGUUAUAAUCACUUCUGGUGAAAUAGAAAAUUUAUCUGGAAUGACAAAUAAUCUAAAAAUUGUUUAAGUAUAGUGA